AUGAUUAAUCUUCUCAGCAUGGUGGGCCUAUUCGCUCAAGGGGCGGCAACUCAAGCCUUCCUCAACCGCAUCAUGUACUUGUGCCAGCGAGCCUACCAGGAUCCAUUCAAUCGAGAUGAUCUUCAUCGACAAAUUGCCAGCGAGGUCUAUAAUAUGUUCAAUUACACGCCUGCUUUUGCUCAUGAGCAAGUUGCAAGUAAUCUGUUGUCAGCCAUGGCUCAGUCUCCUUUUCCUGUUACACAACUGCGACUCCUGGGGCCUCGGGAAUGCGCACGGCAAUUCCCUGUCAUUGCUCCUGUAAUUUAUGCUACUGCGGAUAUCCUGUUACCUGGUUGGAACCAGACAACGACGGUUGCUCCUAGCCAGCCAUGGAGAAACCCCCAACUCGAGUGGACCACCCAGUCCUCUUCGUUAUCUCUUCCUUACCGUGGCUACGACAUACAAACACUGCCUAUUCAACAACAAGCCACACCGUUCAGCUCCGAGUUAUCUCCCGCUUCUGUGGCCCAAAUCCCAGAACAGACUUCAACCCGCACUUCAGCAUUAACUAUGCCAUCCGCUGUUAGAUCUCAAAUCAUGAAUCCGGAAACUCGAGAGAAACUUGACAAAUUUUACAACUACGGCCCCCGGGAUCAGCCUGCCGAAGAUACCGACCCGUUCCUCGUCAAUUUGGCCAAGUUCAAGAAUGCCAAGACUCCCGAGGAAAGAGAAGCGGUCAAACGUGAGAUGGUGGAUUCCCAAAACAGGAUUGGGUUGCAAAUCGACGAGCGAAUGGAAAAUGUACUUCUUCGCUCCAGAGGCCAGCAAGGGAAGAUAGGAAACACACAAGAAGACGUUGAAAGACAGCGGAGAAAAGAAAAUCUGCGGGAGGAUGUGCUCCGCCUUACCGACCAACGCAACCUCUUCAUGGCGGGCGUAGACAAGCUCCGAGAGCGUGAUGGGUCGAAUUCGGUGUCGGACUUGCAGCAAAUUGUCGAUCCUAUACGUUCGAUAGUACGCCAGUCCUGUGGAGACAAUCUCGUGGACGAGUUAGAUUCUUUGCUCAAGGAUGAGGCUAAGAAAGAGCGGGCCAGGAAUGCCAAUGAUCCCAGGGGAAAUGAUACCGACACCCAUGCGAGGCAGAGUAUACGGAGAGAACUGGUGGCAUCGGAUCAAAUCGUGGACAUCCAAGAACAUUCCCCUAUCAAAGGCAAGAGUUUGGAGGCACUCAAUGUGCAGGAUGUCUGCAAUGUAACUGAUGUGAGCGAACAUAUCCGCCGUUUGCAAGAGUGUAGGGCAAUGGGGAACUGGGAGAAGUCCAAUUACAUAUUUUCAUCUCUGGACUUGGAAGAGAGCGUUAAUCCAAAGGUUGGGAUCGAAAUUGGAUGGAACUUGUAUCUUCAGGGUUAUGUGAGGAUGGCACUGGAUGUGAUUGAAAGCUCGUAUAUUCCAUGGAGAGAUUCAAGGCAGAAUAUUAUGGCUUGUAAGGCGCUCUCUAUGAUGCGGUCAUAUUUUGCUUUUCUCUGCGGGAGCACGUUGAAGAAUGGUCUCAAUGCGGCCAUAUCUAUCCAGGAGGUGGAUGAAUUUACUUUUACGAAUGAACUCUCUAACGUAACGGUCGCGUCGCAGUAUUUCUACUGCAAGAUUCUUACUGCUGCUAUUUGGGAAGGUCUCCUGAACGCCGCUGAAUGCAAAGUCGCUGUCCAACUACGCUUAAAGAUUAUUUCAGAGACUCUACUACAAGCUGGUCAUACCCAUGAAUCAAUUCUCUUCGCCAUGCUCCUCAGCAACGAGCUAGAGUCCACUCAAGAGCAGAUGCAGCUCUGGAAACAGCAUCUCCAUGAUCCUCGAUUUUCAGGUCUUGACAGAGCAGAAAUUUGCCUUAAAGUUGGCGGUCUGAUGGCCCAAGAGGGGGAUAUUAUUUCCUCGAAACACCACUUCCAGGUGGCUGAGCAAACAUUCGAGGAGCUGGGGUGCGCUGAAGGAAAGCUCCGGACCCAACUGCAACAACUGGAGGCAAUUCGCCCCAAAACUCUAACUGAAAUCCGGCAGAUGCAGCAAAUCGCCAAAGAUUUCGAGGCUCUCGGCUCGCCUGCGCUGCAAAUCACGGCCUUGUCCCUUGCAGUUGGAGAAGGAGCCGAUGUCUUACCAUGGGCUGACAUGGUCGACACAUUCAGCCAUCUCGAGAGAGUUCUUGACCAGACGUCCAACAGAUAUGCGAUGUUACGCCUCAGCGUGGAAUUCUCUGCCGCAGCAAUACUACGACAAGAGCACCUUGGAAAGACAUUCGAAUAUUUGCAAAAGUCCGUGAAUGAUGCGUCGGAGGAAACCCCAAAGACUACUGGUCAGCUAUUUAUGCAGCUCGGACAGGCGUAUCGCUCGCUUGGAGACCAGGAUAGAAGCCUCAAAUACGUCAAGAUGGCGGUGCAAACGUUUGAGAAAUGGCGGCUACCGGACAUGCUGUCUGACGCGAAGUUGGCACUCGCAAUGGCUAUGGCAUCGGAAACGCCUGGACCUAAUCAUGAGGCGGCCAUCGAGAUACUGAAGGAGUCACUACGACUUGAUGAGGAGCGUAAUGAUGCGCAACGCCAACUCAAGAAACUCGAAGCCAUCGUCAGUCUAGAGGGAUGCUUAGCCAGAUCGGAUCAGGGUGACCGCCACAAGGAACUCCAAGACUAUUGGAUGGGGGAAUGGGAGCGAAUCGGAGAAAGGUAUCAUAAUGAUUCCAUUAGACAGGCCGAGCUGUUCAUGGCACGGGGGAAAUUUAAGAGUGCUGAGAAGCUUCUGAGACAACGUCUGGUGAAGUGCAUGGAUGAAAAAGACCUCAGACGGAUUUCGAAAUGCCAACACCUAAUCUUCUCAAGCCUCUUUCUUUCAUUUGGUUCAUCUCUGCACCCAGAGGAGAACCACUCCCAGGUCCGAGCAGUAGUAGACCAAGCUGCAGCCGCGCUGGCAGCCUACAGAGAAUUAGGACCUUACAGCGUUCCCCUGGAGUUUAUUCUUCAUAUCUCACAAGCGUUUCAGUCUCUCGGCGAAAAUCAAGACGGACAAGAAAGGAAUAUGCUCUACGCUGAGGCUUUGCAGUACCUUGAGAUCGGGGAGUCGAUCUCCGAACGAUUGCGACGGGACCUUUCUUCGUCAUCGGGUUUGGAGUCAUUGCGCCAAAAGCAGCUGCUUGUCGCUUCUUCCACCCAUGAUGAUAUCUUUAAUCAUGCUCUAGCACUCACAUUCGCAUUAGGUGAUGCCGAGAAGAUGUGGCGAUGGACCCAGAGAGCGAAAGCAAGGGCAUUGUCCGACUUGGUGGGUUCGCAACUUGAUUCGUACACCAGGCAGCGACCUCCUAAUUUUGCCGUCGAUGACCAAAUCGUAAAGCUGUUGGAGGAAGAAGCGAGGCUCGUGCGAAAACUCGAAUCGGCAGUUUCCAUAGACAAGGUUUCGACGAGUAUGGAACUGGAACGUGUUCGCUCGAUGAUGGAGGAACACCCGCGCCUCGGCCGUCUACUUGCGUCGAGAGCGGGCAAGACCGAUCUGCAGGAUCUCCAAUGGCUUUUUGGAAAUGGAGAAGAUCGGGAUAUUUCGCCCGAUUCCAAAGUUGUAUUAGUCGAUUGGGUUAUUAUAGGUGACAACAUUGUAAUGGUCACACUGGAUGCGAGGCUCGAGCCCCAGAUGUCAGUGCUCGACAUGACAUUAACUCACGUGCGUGUAUGGAAGCAGAGAUACCUAUCCUCACACACGUCGCUGGUGUCAUCGGAGAGGCUGCUCGAAGAAGGAACACUUGACAAACUCAACAGCCUUGUUUCCGGACUUUCACAGUGUACACAUGAGGGCGAUCUGCUCGUCUUUUGUCCGACGAGGACCUUGCAUGCCAUCCCCUUGCACGCGUUGAAGAUAGAAGGCGUGCCUGUGAUAUGGAGGAACCCAGUGGUAUAUACAGCGAGCAUAUCACUACUCAGGCAAUGUUGUGAGAGAGCCAACUCGAAACUACACGAGAGAGCUGGGGGAUUAAGAACCGCGUUCUUCUCAGCUUACGAAGACCAUUCCGAGGACAAGAUGAAGAUAACGCAACGCGAGGAGGCAUAUAAAUGCAUUAGAAAGCUGGCGUCUGACUUCGGAUCGGAGCCCAGGCUUGGAUGCAAUGCCAACAGGGAAAACCUGAUGACAGUGGUGAAGGACGUUGACAUUCUUCAUUUUCAUGGACACACAGCGACCCAUCCCAACAUCAUCUACCAGUCUCUCGUUCUAAGCGAUGGAAAAACAUCAGAGUCAAGUUCCGGUGCGCAAGAGUUUCAUCACACACAGUCUUCAACGUCGCCCUACCGACCAACGUUGGGGCCGCACAAGGAUGCCUUCACGGUCCGCGACGCCUUUUCCCUUAACCUCAACCUAUCACUCGCUUCCAUCGUCGCAUGCUCCUCUGGUGUGCAGAACUAUGGCACGGGGGACGAGCCGCAAGGGCUGCUCUCGGCGCUGCAAUAUGCGGGCUGUGCAACAGCCAUAGGUACCCUAUGGCCGGUUCGCAGCGAGGACGGGCGAGCAUUUACCCUGUAUUUCUUCCAGGCUGUGCGGCGCCAAGGGGACACCAUCGCGUCGCCAUGGAACCUGGCACUCUCGUUCCAGAAGGCGGUGAGACGACUCCAGAAAAGAAAGAGUACAGGUUUGCGCUUGGAUCACCCUUAUUAUUGGGCAGCUUUUGUAAUCCAUGGUGCGUGGUAUUUGUAACUUGGUUAGCAUAGCGUAU